UACUGGUCAGAGCUAGCAGCUUGUCGCCGAUGAAGAUGGCGGAAUCGUACUGGGCCUUGUUCAGGGCAUCCUGCCUCCAUUCCCGCAGGAACUUUUCCAUGGCGCAACGGUGGAAGUGCUAGAUCGUGGGCAUGGCCAGUUGUAACGGAGAGAGACGGUGGUGGAGGUUGACGUUGGAUGCCGAUCAACGGGGUGAGGUAAGCGCGUCGUGGGCUCAGGCGCGACGGGAAUCUGCACUUUCUUUUCUUUGGAUGACGGGCAGGAAUUGGAGGGGACGUGGAUGCACUGUGCACCGGGCGCCGUCAGGGGUGUGGGCCGAGUAAAUGGCGGGGUAGGCCAACCAGAGGGCGUCGUUGCGU